AUGGAAUACAUGAUAGCCCUCUUUCCAGACAGCCAGGCCUGGGUCAAUGAGUCUUGUAGGACCUUAUCACUGCUGUUCCUAACUGCAAAAGGUCCAAGUGAUGAUUUCUGGUUAUUUCUAUUGGCGCGGUUGCGGAGUGGCCAACGGAGUGCCAACGGCCUGCAGAACAACAUACUGAAGUUUUAUUGUGACUACUGUGAUACGUAUCUCACCGAUGACUCUCCAUCUGUGAGAGAGACACACUGCAGUGGUAGGAAACACAAAGAGAAUGUGAAAGACUACAAUCAGAAAUGGAUGGAAGAGCAGGCUCAGAGCCUGAUUGACAAAACAACUGCAGCAUUUCAGCAAGGAAAAAUACCUCCUACUCCAUUUUCAGCUCCAUCUCCUGCAGAGGCGAUGAUCCCACCUCCCCCCGGUCUUACAGGUCCACUUUGCCCUGGUAUGAUGCCAGCACCCCAUAAGGGGGGCCCUCCCAUGAUAUCAAUGAUAGUUCCUCCUCCUGGGAUGAUGCCAGUGGCACCUGCUCCUGAAACGAGGCUGCCUAUGGAAGGGCACAUGCCAAUGAUGCCUGUGUCCCCAGUGACAAGACCUCUCGCCCAUCUCAUGAUGGUGCCCACUUGGCCCAGAAAGAUUCGACCAGAUGGAUAA